AUGCUGACCAAGGUCUUCAUUCCCAAGUACUGCAAACAGGGCAAGGGCAAAUCCCUCCUCCAAUUCCUCUAUGCCAUUCAGUGCAUACCAGCGGUCAAGAAACUUCCCCCUGCUCAGCCUGAACAACCAGCCACACUGGAUGCCAAAACUCCAGACUUGCCAUUGCCACCUUCCGUGUCUUCUACUCCUCCAGAACUGCCACCGACCAACCCAAGUGUAACUGCCCCCACCACAGCUCAGCCAACUCUACCCGGCUCAUCCACCAAGCGUUCCAGUCGCAAGGGGUCUAAGAAUCACCGGGCCAAGCAACCUCUUGAGAAACCUACGGAGACGCCUCAGGCUACUCCCCCCACCCCUCUUCCACGGCCCACUCCGGCACUGAAGUCUACACCCCAGGCAGCAACCAACCGUCCUACAGCGUCUUCCGCUCGGGAAAAACUUUCUGCUUCUGAGCAGCCCCUGGUCACUGAGGCAUUUGAUCGCAGCGCAUGGCUGGCGACAAUGGAUGCAGAACUGAACCAGGGCCCAGCCGGUCUCUUCCAAAUGAUUCUACCAGGCCCAAUUGAUGGCUUCUAUGUGUUUGUGGUGCGCCAAAAGUUUGCCUCAUUGGCACAGGAAGUUCUCAAGAACCUGGCGACCUUCCUUAUUUCUCACCUUGAGUUGUGGCAGGACCUGAAACACCAGUGGAAGACAUGCCGCACCUGGCUCUGCUUGGACCACUACAAUCGUACGGUUACCAACGCUAUGACCUGGGACCAAAGCCAACAUCGUGCAAUCUCGGAGUUUGAGCGGGACGUUGAUUUGGACCAGCAAGUGGAGAAGGAUGAUAAUGAGUGGAUUGAGAAGCUCCUCGCGGCAAAGCAGGCUUCUACGGAAUUUGAGGGCACCAUCACAAUUGACCUUUUGAUGCCAGCUGCAAAGGACAUGGAUGACGGGGCUACGGUAGGCAGCGCGGCAAAUAUGGCAGCACUAUUGGAGAACAUGAAAGCGGAUGUCAACGACCUUUGCAUGGAAUUAGAGACUGUGGCGGAAAAACUGGCUCAAGCUAAGGAUGCGGAGGCUGCCAAGGAUGCUUGUAUCCUUGAAUUGGAGGCCAAAAUGGCGGCACAAGCAUUGGUCACAGGCAAGCACCGUUCGUCAAGCCCCUCCUCCAGCAAGGCAACAUCAUCGGCUGACAGUGGGGGUGGCCCCCCCGGCGGUGGUCCCUAA